CUUAAAUUAAAGUGAAUCAGUGAAGACUCGGCACGCCUCUUCUGAAAGGUUGCUGACCCCUGCUCUAGAGGAAGGUCCAAUUCUCCAACUGAUGGCAUUUGGGAAGGAAGUUGGAAGCAUCAUUGGGAAGAAAGGAGAGACGGUGAAAAAGAUGCGGGAGGAGAGUGGAGCAAGAAUUAACAUCUCAGAGGGAAACUGUCCGGAAAGAAUUGUGACCAUCACAGGCCCCACUGAUGCCAUCUUCAAGGCUUUUGCCAUGAUUGCUUACAAAUUCGAGGAGGACAUAAUCAACUCAAUGAGUAACAGCACUGCUACCAGUAAACCACCAGUAACGCUGAGAUUGGUUGUGCCUGCUAGCCAGUGUGGGUCACUGAUUGGCAAAGGAGGUUCCAAGAUUAAGGAAAUCAGGGAGUCAACAGGUGCUCAGGUUCAAGUGGCGGGGGACAUGCUGCCCAACUCCACAGAACGGGCAGUGACAAUUUCGGGGACCCCCGAUGCAAUUAUCCAGUGUGUCAAACAGAUCUGUGUGGUGAUGCUGGAGUCCCCACCGAAAGGUGCCACCAUUCCCUAUCGCCCAAAGCCCGCCUCCACCCCUGUCAUUUUUGCAGGUGGUCAGGCCUAUACAAUUCAGGGACAAUAUGCAAUUCCACACCCGGAUCAGUUGACCAAGCUCCACCAGUUGGCUAUGCAGCAAACCCCCUUUACUCCCCUUGGACAGACCACCCCCGCUUUCCCUGGAGAAAAGCUGCCCUUACAUUCCUCCGAAGAAGCUCAAAAUCUGAUGGGCCAGUCAUCAGGUUUGGAUGCCAGUCCCCCGGCCAGUACUCAUGAACUCACCAUUCCCAAUGAUCUAAUAGGCUGCAUAAUCGGACGCCAAGGGACCAAAAUCAAUGAAAUUCGACAGAUGUCUGGAGCGCAGAUCAAAAUCGCCAAUGCCACAGAAGGCUCAUCAGAACGUCAAAUUACCAUCACAGGAACCCCAGCUAACAUCAGCCUUGCCCAGUACCUCAUCAACGCCAGGUGAGAUGUGCUAAACAAGGCCACGUUCAUCCACCGCAGUCUCAUGACCUCCCUGUAAAGAGAGAGGCCAACUGAAUAAGUCAUACAAAACUCAGACAGUAACAUAUACCCCAAGCAUUACUUUCAUGGGAGUGAUUUCAUUAGGUUUCAGGGCACUGCAUGAAGUGAACACACUGGUGAUUUUAUUGUUUGUUGAUGUUCAAAGUGAGUGGGAAUCGAUCAUCGAUUUGGGCCUUUCUCCCAGGAAAGCCUUCCUAAUGACAACUCAGCCAUUUUCUCAGUGUUAGAAGUCAGGCAACAACUUAUGUGUUGCUUGAGUUAUGGGUCUGUUAACAUCUCUAUAGUUGUACCCUUGUUGGCAGGAGUUUAUAAUUAGGCUGUAAUAUUAUUUUCCCUCAAAAGCAUGGUGAGUUCUCAGCCAGGGGUGGGAAUUUACUUGUUUUGGGGGAGAGGGCAUAAUUUGAAAACAGUUCAUUUAGCCACUUUGUCCACGUGACAAAAAUAUAAAGAACAACAAAUGCUAAAUGUGAAGUCCCAAGUGCCUCUUUUAUGUGUUUCCAAGACUCAGAAAUGUCUUCCUCCUUCAAACAAAUUAGACC